AUGAUUUUUAAUUUUGUACAGAGAGAUGGAUAUACUCCAGAACGUAGUGAGAAAUUGAACAGUCUAUUGGUGGGAAUAUCUUACAUAAAAAGUAUCAGUCCAUCACCAUCAUCAUCUAAUCUACCAAAGUUGGUGGGAAUAUCUUACAUAAAAAGUAUCAGUCCAUCACCAUCAUCAUCUAAUCUACCAAAGUUGGUGGGAAUAUCUUACAUAAAAAGUAUCAGUCCAUCACCAUCAUCAUCUAAUCUACCAAAGUUGGUGGGAAUAUCUUACAUAAAAAGUAUCAGUCCAUCACCAUCAUCGUCUAAUCUACCAAAGUUGGUGGGAAUAUCUUACAUAAAAAGUAUCAGUCCAUCACCAUCAUCAUCUAAUCUACCAAAGUUAGUGGGAAUAUCUUACAUAAAAAGUAUCAGUCCAUCACCAUCAUCAUCUAAUCUACCAAAGUUGGUGGGAAUAUCUUACAUAAAAAGUAUCAGUCCAUCACCAUCAUCAUCUAAUCUACCAAAGUUGGUGGGAAUAUCUUACAUAAAAAGUAUCAGUCCAUCACCAUCAUCAUCUAAUCUACCAAAGUUGGUGGGAAUAUCUUACAUAAAAAGUAUCAGUCCAUCACCAUCAUCAUCUAAUCUACCAAAGUUAGUGGGAAUAUCUUACAUAAAAAGUAUCAGUCCAUCACCAUCAUCAUCUAAUCUACCAAAGUUAGUGGGAAUAUCUUACAUAAAAAGUAUCAGUCCAUCACCAUCAUCAUCUAAUCUACCAAAGUUGGUGGGAAUAUCUUACAUAAACCAUCACCAUCUAAUCUACCAAAGUUGGUGGGAAUAUCUUACAUAA